GUUUGGAGAGGGGUCAAUUCGUAAUGCGCAUGGCCAUUGUGAUUUGGAAAAUGUGCAUGGUGGAAAAUGAGUGGGAGGAAGAAUGGGCAAAUUUAGAGAGGUGUCAAUUCGAAGUUUGGAUGGGCAAUUGUGAUUUGAAAAUUGCCAUGGGGGAAAAUGAGUGGGAGGGGAGGAAGGAUUGGGGCCAAUUGCAAUUGGGAAGAAAGGGGGCCAACCCAGAGUCGGAUUGUGAUUUUGAAAUUGCCAUUAUUGUUGGUGGGGCAGUGUAUGAAAAGGGCAGAGUAAUUUGAAUUGAGGAAAUUAAGAAAAUACAAGAAGAGUGUUAGAGGGAUUCAAAU